AUGGCUGGGCCCAAUGGUAAAUUUGGUGACAUUCAAGAGGCGGCCGGCGAGGAUGCGCCGGCGAGAGUCACCAUCGCUGAAGCAGCACCUGUGAGAGAAGGAGACUCCGUCAAACUGACACGCCUGUCCGACCCAGCACUCGAGCUACCGCUAUAUCGCCGUUGGGUCUCCAAGCAAAGCUCUCGAAAAUCGCUGAAACAAAGGCUAUCAAUGACGUAUCGCGAUCUCCGUGACAAGAUCCUGCGGUCCAAUGCUCUUCCGCACAGUAUUGAUGGCAGGCACGUCAAGGUCAAUGUUCGGAAGGACGACGGGCCCAUUGAUGAACGCACGAGCAAACCAUAUAUUGACAAUUUGAUUAUCUCCUGUCGCUAUACACCAUGGAACUUCGUACCACGUCAGCUGGUUGCGCAAUUCUCGAAGCUAGCCAACUUUUAUUUCCUCGUGGUGUCAAUUUUGCAGAUGAUCCCUGGGUUAAGUACUACUGGCACGUUUACUACCAUCGUACCCCUGAUGAUAUUUGUGACAAUUUCCAUGGCCAAAGAAGGAUACGACGAUAUCAGGCGUCACCGCCUGGAUAAAGAGGAAAACGAACGGCUGACUAAGGUCCUGAAAUUCCAUUCCACCGGAGACGAUGGCACUGGCACUGUCGAAUGGCACGAAAAGCACUGGCGUGAGAUCAAGGUUGGAGAUAUUGUGCUCCUAGAGCGAGACUCUGCCGUGCCUGCUGACCUGGUGCUUCUUCAUGCUGAUGAACCCAACGGCACGGCCUACGUCGAGACCAAAAGCUUGGAUGGUGAGACUAACCUAAAAUCCAAAAAGCCAUUGCCCGACAUCAGCAAAGCAUGUCGAGAUUCCGACUCAAUCGCCAGCUUCGCCGGUACCUUUGUGGUCGAAGACCCAAAUUUGGAUCUGUACAAAUUCGAUGGUAGAGUGGAUGUCAAUAGCGAGACGUUUCCACUGACCAAUUCUGAAAUUCUUUAUAGAGGCAGCGUGCUGCGCAACACACCAAAGGCGAUCGGUCUUGUCAUCUAUUCAGGUGAAGAAUGCAAGAUCCGGAUGAACGCGAAUAAAAACCCUCGAGUCAAGGCGCCUGCUCUGCAGGGUAAAGUCAAUCGAAUUGUCAUUCUGUUGGCUUUACUUGUACUUUUCAUGGCCAGUGUGAUGUCUAUCGGUUACAUCAUUUGGCGUCGCACAUUUGAAAGCAGCGCAUGGUAUCUUGAGUCGGCUACGAUACCAUAUGGUCAGAUUCUGACUUCCUUUUUCAUCAUGCUCAACACAAUGCUUCCACUCAGUUUGUACGUUUCGCUUGAGAUCGUCAAGGUCGCUCAAAUAUUUUUUAUGAAUGAUAUCGAUAUGUAUGACCCGGACUCAGAUAUCCCCAUGGAACCGCACACAUCGACGAUCAAUGAGGAGCUUGGACAAGUCAGCUACAUAUUCUCAGAUAAAACUGGAACUCUGACCAACAAUUCGAUGAAAUUCCGAAAGAUGAGCAUAGCCGGUACUGCCUGGCUCCAUGAUGCCGAUCUUCAGAAGGAGGCCGAAGAGGACGCAAGACACGAGAAACUGCGGCCUAAAAAGGACGACAAAGGAAAGGAAGCCGUGAAGAAGCCAGAAAUGUCGAUAUCUAAGGUAUCCCCGAUCUCAGCUUCUUCGACCAACGCUGUGCUGUCAGAAAAGGCAGAAGAUCCUCGGUCGCCCUCCACCAGUGCAAUCCAUGAAGAUGGUAAUAUCCCCAGGACUGAGCACUUGUUAAAUUAUAUACAGCGCCACCCUCAGACACUGUUUGCACGAAAGACCAAGCUGUUUCUUCUUUCGUUAGCUCUCUGCCAUACUUGUUUUCCAGAGACAGAUCAAAAUGGUUCGAUCACAUAUCAAGCUGCGUCUCCGGACGAGCUGGCCUUGGUCACUGCUGCCCAAGAUAUGGGAUUUGUCGUGUUGGAUCGGCAAUCGCAGACUGUGACCAUCAAGACGUACCCUGGUAGUGAUGGGGAUGCACUCCAUGAGACCUACGAGAUCCUCGACGUCAUUGAGUUCUCCAGCAUCCGAAAGAGGAUGUCGAUCAUUGUACGACUCCCUGACUCUCGCAUCUGUCUCUUCAGUAAAGGUGCAGACUCAACUCUUAGGAAACUGCUGCGGCUGGCUGAUCUAGCAGCGUCGAAUGUUCAGGAUGUGGAGAAAAGAGCCAGUCUGAGAAGAAGUAUCGACGCUCGGCAUGCAUUACGCCGGAGAAGUACACAGAUGAGCCAGCGCAGUUCCAUACACACGCUGGACGCAGGUACCAUUGACAAAACAGGAUCAACGCGCAACAGCAUUGAUCACUGGCUGCGAGAACGAGAGAGCGAUGUUGGUUCAGCUUCAAAUCGCCGAAGAAGCUCUCAGUUCUAUUCACCUAGGCCAUCUGUCCAGAUCAUCUCGCCACGCAUGUCAGAGAAUAAUGCUGGGCGACCAUCAUUCCAAGCUAGCCCUCGUGCAUCAAUCCAUCUGGAUGGUAUAUAUGGACUUGUCGAUGAAAGCCUCGUUGUGGACGACAAUGCUGUGUUUGAGCGUUGCUUCCAACACAUCGAUGACUUUGCCACUGAAGGCCUACGUACGCUUCUAUAUGGAUAUCGGUAUUUAACAGAAGAUGAGUACACAACUUGGAAAAACAUAUAUGCUGCCGCUGCCACAAGCAUUGUUGAUCGACAGGAGAAGUUGGAGAAAGCGGGUGAGAUGAUCGAGACGAAACUUGAACUUCUUGGUGCCACUGCCAUCGAAGACAAGUUGCAGAAGGGUGUCCCAGACGCGAUUGACCGAUUCCGCCGGGCAGGCAUCAAGAUGUGGAUGCUCACGGGAGACAAACGCGAGACUGCCAUCAACAUUGGACAUUCGUGUCGACUCAUCAAAGACUACUCAACUGUUGUAGUGCUUGACCAUGAACUUGGAGAUCUCUAUACUCGGAUGGCCAAUGCAUACUCAACGAUGGACGAUAGUGAAACAGCGCACUCCGUUCUGGUGAUUGAUGGGCAGACGCUGACGAUCAUCGACGCCGAUGCUGCUUCGCGAGCUCUUUUUACAGAUAUUGCAAUCCGAGCGGACUCUGUCGUCUGCUGUAGGGCCUCGCCCAGUCAGAAGGCGUCCUUGGUCAAGACGAUCCGCACCAAAGUCAAGGGAUCAGUUACUCUCGCCAUUGGAGACGGCGCAAACGACAUUGCGAUGAUUCAAGAAGCACAUCUUGGAAUCGGCAUCGCGGGCAAGGAAGGGCUUCAAGCAGCCCGUACCUCGGACUACUCGAUAGCACAGUUCAGAUUUUUGUUGAAACUUCUGUUGGUGCACGGGCGCUGGAACUACGUUCGGAUUUGCAAAUAUACCCUUGGGACAUUCUGGAAGGAAAUGAUCUUCUACGUGGUCCAAGCACUCUACCAACGAUGGAACGGAUACACAGGAACCAGCUUGUACGAACCCUGGAGUCUGUCCAUGUUCAACACGUUGUUCACAUCCCUGCCAGUCAUCUUCAUGGGCGUUUUCGAGAAGGACCUCUCGCCCUCCACCCUACUGGCGGUACCGGAACUCUACAACAUCGGCCGGCAGAACCGCGGCUUCAAUUUCAAGCUGUACUUCUGGUGGGCGAUCCUGGGCGGAUUCGAGGCUCAGAUUGUCUACUUCGUUGUAUGGGCAGUCUAUGGCGAGGCUAUGUUCACGCGGGAUCAAUCGCUCUUCGCGCUCGGUGUCCUGGCAUACAGUGCCUGCGUCAUCCUCAUCUCCAUCAAGCUCCAGUUCAUCGAGCUGCAUAACAAGUCGUCCACGGCCGUCGAAGCUAUCUUCCUCUCGGUGGGAGGAUGGUGGCUCUGGAACCUCAUCCUCUCGGCUGUCUAUCCCGACGACAGUCCGAUCUACAACGUCCACGGUGCUCUCCUGCAUCGCUUUGGACGAAACUUGUUGUGGUGGACCACGCUCAUGCUCAUUGUCCUGGCCGUUUGCGUCCUGGAGUUCUCCAUCAAAGCAAUCAGCGUCACCAUGUUUCCGUCCGAUGUCGAUGUCUUCCAGGGGCUCGAGAAGGACCCGGAGGUGCGCAGGCGGUUUGACGAGUCAGCCGCUCCGCUGCUCCAGCAGGGAUGGGACCGAGAUGAGAAAACGCAAACGAAAGACAAACCGAGUCCUGAAUGGGCACAGGAAGCAGCGGCGCAAGAUGAACGAGAAGCACAUGUCCAGCAGCUGCUUGACAAGCCGAGGAAUACCAACACCGAGAAGGGCAGAACCUGGCUCAAGAGGGGCCACUCUGCCUCCUCCCCUGCGACGGCGGUUGCUGGAAAGGACAGCAAGGGCGGCCCAUCCUGCGCUACGAGUACUACCGCAGAAGACGGCACCGAGAUGGCAGAAACGCCCAGGAAAUCCGUGGAUGUCGCGGACCUCUUCAGUAAAGGGUUUGGGGCUGUGCGAAAAGGGCCUGGGCUACGAUGA